AUGGACGAAUCAUUUUAUGACGAAUUCGGUAAUUAUCUUGGUACCGAUUUGCCAGAAUCUGAUGUAGAAGAAGGAGAGGAAACUCUUCAGGCUAUGCAGGAAGAGUCAGAGGAAGAUUAUGAAGAGGGUGAAGUGGAACCUGGAAGUUCAAGUAUGGCACUCAUGGAAAUAGACGAUGUUCCUCAGACUCAAGUAGUCCUUCACGAAGAUAAAAAAUAUUACCCGAGCGCAGAAGAAGUUUAUGGACCAGAAGUUGAAACAUUGGUUCAGGAAGAGGAUACACAGCCUUUAUCCGAACCAAUUAUUCAACCCAUAAAAAUUAAAAAGUUUUUGGUGGAUAUAAUGAAUUUUCCCGAGUUGAUCAGGAAUAUUGCCAUUGUCGGUCAUUUACAUCACGGAAAAACGUCAUUCGUUGACAUGUUGGUCAAUGAAACACAUUCAUCAGUUGCUUGGGAUGUUGAUAGACAGGAACGUUACACAGACACGCAUACUUUAGAAAGAGACCGAGGUGUAAGUAUUAAAAGUAUGCCAAUGACUGUUAUAUUACAAAAUUCAAAUAGUAAAUCAUAUUUAUUUAGCAUUCUAGAUACCCCGGGUCACGUGGAUUUUGUUGAUGAAGUUACAGCGGCGCUUCGUUUAUCUGACGGCGCGGUUAUUGUUGUAGACUCGAUUGAAGGGGUUAUGGCUAAUACAGAACGCCUGAUCAAACACGUUAUACAAGAAAAAUUGACAUUUACUCUCGUGGUCAAUAAAGUGGAUCGGUUAAUAUUAGAAUUAAAGUUACCACCCAAUGAUGCAUAUUAUAAAUUAAAACACACGAUAGAAGAGGUGAAUACGAUUAUCAGUCAGUAUGCCCCCGGACAGGAUCUUCGAGUCUCUCCUGAGCGCGGAAAUGUUUGUUUCGCGUCAAGCCAAAUGGGGUGGUGCUUUACCUUGAAAUCAUUUGCUAAACUUUAUGCCGACACUUACAGUGAUUUAAAUGCCGACGAUUUCGCAAAGCGUUUGUGGGGAGAUAUAUAUUUUAAUCCUACAGAGAGAACAUUCAGCAGAAAAUCUCUCGAAAGCAAAAGUAAACGGUCAUUUGUACAUUUCAUUUUAGGUCCGUUAUAUAAAAUUUAUGCACAGGUGAUUGGUGAAAAUGAAGAUACGUUGAAACGAACAUUAGCUUCAUUAGGUAUCUUUUUGAAAGCUUCACAUUUUCAAUUGGAUGUAAAACCUUUGUUACGUAUAGUUUUGGAUCAAUUUUUUGGUCCGUCAACUGGUUUUGUGGAUAUGGUAGUACAGCACAUUCCAUCACCCGAGAAAAAUGCUACCAAUAAGGUGGAACACGCUUACACUGGUCCUAUGAAUACGAAGGUUGCAAAAGCAAUGUAUAAAUGUGAUUCAGAUGGGCCAUUGAUGGUUUAUAUUACAAAAUUAUAUAAUUCAUCGGACGCAUCAACAUUUGACGCAUUCGGUAGAAUUUUAAGUGGCACAGUCAGAAAAGGUCAAUCCGUAAGGGUACUCGGUGAAGGAUAUUCAAUUGAUGAUGAGGAAGAUAUGACUUUACAAGAAGUUACGAACGUAUGGAUAUUUGAAUCUAGGUAUAGAAUUGAAGUUGAGGGAGUUCCCGCAGGAAAUUGGGUAUUCCUAGGAGGUGUAGAUAAUUCGAUAGUAAAAACGGCGACUAUCACAAAUCAAGACGUAGACGAGGAUUUAUAUAUCUUCCGACCCUUGUCUUUCGUAACUACCGCUGUACUUAAAGUUGCUGUUGAGCCUGUAAAUCCUUCCGAAUUACCAAAAAUGUUGGAUGGAUUAAGAAAGAUUAAUAAAAGUUAUCCUAUUUUAGUAACUAAGGUCGAAGAGUCUGGAGAACAUAUAAUUCUUGGUACAGGCGAAUUAUAUUUAGAUUGCGUGCUACAUGACCUUCGACGAAUGUAUGCAGAAAUCGAAUUAAAAGUAUCAGACCCUGUUGUCCGAUUUUGUGAAACUGUCGUUGAAACAUCGGCUCUAAAAUGUUUCGCCGAAACACCAAAUAAAAAGAAUAAAUUAACGAUGAUAGCUGAGCCAUUAGAGAAGGGUAUUGCUGAAGAUAUUGAGGCUGCAAAAGUAAGCAUCAAAUGGCCAACCAAGGACAUUGCAAAAUUUUUUGAAGAAAAAUACUCUUGGGAUGUGUUGGCGGCACGUUCAAUAUGGGCUUUUGGUCCCGACGAAAAUGGACCCAACAUCUUAAUGGAUGAUACUUUGCCGACAGAAGUAGACAAAAAAUUACUUUCCUCCGUUAGAGAUUCGAUACGACAAGGUUUUCAAUGGGGUACACGUGAAGGGCCUCUAUGUGAUGAACCAAUACGUAAUGUUAAGUUCAGAAUAUUGGAUGCCGUUCUAGCACCGGAGCCAAUAUAUCGUGGUGGCGGGCAGAUAAUUCCAACCGCUAGACGUGUAUCUUAUUCCGCCUUCUUGACGGCAACUCCGAGAUUAAUGGAACCAGUAUAUUAUGUUGAGAUUCAAGCACCUGCCGAUUGUGUUUCGGCAGUAUAUACGGUUCUAGCACGACGGAGGGGUCAUGUCACGCAAGAUAUACCAAAAGCCGGUUCUCCAUUAUAUACCGUGAAAGCGUAUAUUCCAGUAAUAGAGGCUAAUGGAUUCGAAACAGAUAUGCGAACUCAUACUCAAGGACAGGCCUUUUGUCAACAAAUGUUUGAUCAUUGGCAGAUUAUUCCUGGUGACCCAUUGGACAAGAGUAUAGUUCUUCGACCUUUGGAACCAAGUCCUGCACAACAUUUGGCGAGAGAUUUUAUGGUCAAAACGCGUAGACGUAAAGGAUUGUCCGAAGACGUAUCAGUCAAUAAGUUUUUCGAUGAUCCAUUACUUUUGGCUGUGGCACAAUCAGACAUUUUACCUAACAUUUUGUAA